GGGGGUCUGUCUGGCAGGGUCAGCCCGUGUUUGCCGGACUGGGGGGCCUCUGAGUCCAGCGGGGACCUGGAAGGGCUGGACAUGGCGAGGGGGCGGGGGUUAGGAUCUGGGUCCAGCGGGGACCAGGGGUGCGUGUGUGUCCACUGAGGACCUGGAAGGGCUGCCAGGGGGGCACAUCUGGAAUGGCACCGGCGGGGGGCGGGGAGUAUUGCGGAGUUUGUUCAUCUAGCGUGGUCGAGAGGGCCUGGGUGGUGUGGGGAGGGGACCAUGACAUUUACGGUUCGGAAAAGGGGACGCCACAUCUGGAAUGACUUCGUCAGCGUGGAGAGGACGGCACUGGGGGAUUUCUUCCAGAUCUGGAAUAACCCAGUGAGGAGCCUGGCCAUGGCGACCAUGGUGUACCCGCGAGAGGAGAAGCUGAGCCAGGAUGAGAUUGUGCUGGGCACCAAGGCAGUGAUCCAAGGCCUGGAGACGCUGCGCAGCGAGCACCACUCCAUCCUGGCCACCCUGCUGGACCCCAGGAACUGCCUGGACAAGCAGCACGAGGCCAGCACUGUGCAGGAGAAGUCCAGCCUGCUGCGCAAGUCCCUGGAUGCCAUCGAGCUGGGCCUGGGGGAGGCCCAGGUGAUCAUUGCUCUGUCGAGCCACCUGAGCGCGGUGGAGUCGGAGAAGCAGAAGCUGCGGGCCCAGGUGCGGCGCCUGGUGCAGGAGAACCAGUGGCUGCGGGACGAGUUGGCGGGAACCCAGCAGAAGCUGCAGCGCAGUGAGCAGGCCGUGGCACAGCUGGAGGAGGAGAAGAAGCACCUGGAGUUCAUGAACCAGAUCAAGAAGUUUGAUGAUGACAUCUCCCCCUCGGAGGAGAAGAAUGGAGAGGCAGCCAAGGACUCGCUGGAUGACCUGUUCCCCAGCGACGACGACCAGGGCCAAGGACCGACGCCCGGCAGCGGGGAGGCCGCCGCCCAGCACGGGGGCUAUGAGAUCCCAGCGCGGCUGCGCACGCUGCACAACCUGGUGAUCCAGUACGCCUCGCAGGGGCGCUAUGAGGUGGCCGUGCCGCUCUGCAAGCAGGCGCUGGAGGACCUGGAGAAGACCUCGGGCCACGACCACCCUGAUGUGGCCACCAUGCUCAACAUCCUGGCAUUGGUGUACAGGGACCAGAACAAGUACAAGGAGGCUGCUCAUCUUCUCAACGACGCACUGGCCAUCCGGGAAAAGACCCUGGGCAAGGACCACCCCGCUGUGGCUGCCACCCUGAACAACCUGGCUGUGCUGUACGGCAAGAGGGGCAAGUACAAGGAGGCCGAGCCGCUGUGCAAGAGAGCGCUGGAGAUCCGCGAGAAGGUGCUGGGCCGGUUCCACCCCGACGUUGCAAAGCAGCUGAACAACCUGGCGCUGCUGUGCCAGAACCAGGGCAAGGCGGAGGAGGUGCAGUACUACUAUGGGCGGGCGCUGGAGAUCUACGAGAGCCGCCUGGGCCCUGACGACCCCAACGUUGCCAAGACCAAGAACAACCUGGCAUCCUGCUACCUGAAACAGGGCAAGUACAAAGAGGCCGAGGCGCUGUACAAGGAGAUCCUGACUCGGGCACACGAGAAGGAGUUUGGCUCAGUCAAUGGAGAGAACAAGCCGAUCUGGAUGCAUGCGGAGGAACGUGAGGAGAGCAAGGACAGGCGCAAGGACAGUGUUCCCUACAGGGAGUACGGCAGCUGGUACAAGGCCUGCAAGGUGGACAGCCCCACAGUGAACACAACCCUGAAGAGCCUGGGGGCUCUGUACCGGCGCCAGGGCAAGCUGGAGGCUGCUGAGACGUUGGAGGAGUGUGCCAUGAAAACCCGCAAGCAGGGCGUGCACGCCAUCAGCCAGACCAGGGUGGUGGAGCUGCUGAAGGAUGGGGGCCGAUCGGAGCGCCGGCCCAGCCGGGAGAGCCUGCCCAACAGUGCUGCCAGGGCUGAGAACGGGCCUGGGCCCGAGGACGGGAUAGGCACGGAAUGGGCUGGGGAUGGUUCUGGAGCCCUGCGCCGGAGUGGCUCCUUUGGGAAGCUGCGGGAUGCCCUGCGCCGGAGCAGCGAGAUGCUGGUGAAGAAGCUGCAGGGGAGCAGCCCCCAGGAGCCCAGGAACCUGGGGAUGAAACGGGCCAGUUCCCUGAACUUCCUCAACAAGAGCGUGGAGGAGUCGAGCCCGCCAACCAGCAGCAGCCUUUCAGAGAGCCGGGGCCUGAGCGCCAGCACUGUGGACCUGUCCAGACGCAGCUCCUUGCUGGGGUGACCCCGGGCCCGCACAGACACCCCCACGGACACCCCCACAACUCCCGUGGGCCAGAGUAGAGGAGACAACACCUGCUGUUACACCUCCAUUGGCUGGCUCCCCUCUCCACCCAGUGUGUAGUGAUGGGGGAGGGCCGUAUCCCCAGAUAGAGACUAGGGGCUCCCCACCCUCCACGUGGCACGGCCUGGCCCCUCCUGCUCUGGGAUAUCAGGCCAUUAGCUCACAUGCUGCUGUAGGGACAAUUCCCUAUUGGGAGUGGGGGGCCACCCCUUCAUCCCCCAGCCCCACCCCCUUAGCUGCCCUAAGCUGCCCUCACCCCUCGGGCUGGGGAUCUGAUGCUUGAAUGGGAUGGGAAGACUCAUCUGUGGGGCUGGUGGGGAGGUGUAGGGGGGCGUGUUCAGGAGGAAACCUCUGGAACUCUGCUGCUGGGUUGGAGAAGGGAAGCAGGAGGUGAGUUACAUCUGUCCCCCUCACUACUGGGUCGUUUUUCCUUUGUAUUUAUGUUUUGUUCUCAGGGAGUCCCCUCUGGCGGGAGCCCCCCUUUGCCCCAUGCUGCCCCCAGACCAGCUGGGAAAUCCCUCCCCCUUUGUUCGUUCAGCUGCAGAAGCUGCUGCUGCUCAGUAUCUAGCUCCUGUGAGCUGUCUUCCCUCCACCUUGUGCACCCUCCACUUACCCAGAAUCCUCCCUGCCCCAUAGCGGGGGGGCAAGCCCUCCUUGCUGAAGGAGGCUGGCGCAUGUGGUGUCACUACUUCCCCCCUGUUUGCAUGGUCCUGGUGCAAGCUGGUGACUGCCCCCCCGCCCCCGGCUCUUCAACACUAACUCCGCUGCUGGUGGGGGGUGUCUCAUUUCCUCCUAGCUAGAGCCUGAGCCUUACACUGGAAAACACUAGCCCCUCUGGGGCCUUGGGGGACGGGAAUGGCGAUAUCGGUGUCACACGAUUCAUUUCCCUCCCCAGCCUGUCACAUCUCUGUACUCUGCCAUUGAACACAGGCAUAGUCCUCACCCGCUGCUGUGCCUCAGAACGGGCAGGGGGCACUGUUAUUGCCCUCUGAGGGGGGUCGGGGGGAGAGGCUGCUAUGGAAAAUCUCCCCCUUACCUGAUUGGGGCCUAGCUGGGUCCCUCCUAAUCCUCCCCUCACCGAGGCCCCCUGAGCCUUCACUGCUUCACCCACCUGCCUGUUCCCCUCUUGGGGAAACCAUUGGGGGGUGGGGCACCUGCUGAGUUUGCUCUGGAUUUACCAAUUUUGCUGUAGAAAUAAAAGGUACU